UUACUUUCGCCUGCUCUUCUUAUCUCGACUUUAAAUUGGAUCAUUCGCAGGCCAUAUCUGUUCUUCUCUUCUUCCUCACAAUGCGCUAUCUCAACUGCAUCGGCUGUACCUGAGCAUGUCCUAGCAACACCGGACCGCAGGGGAUCAAUUUCUUCUCUUUCUCGCAACAGAGGAACACAAUAACCUUAACAAAAGAAAUUUUAGCCGAUCUAAAUAUGGGGGAUCAUGAUGGUUUCAAGCACAAUGUUGUCCGUCAAACUGGCACUCCAAAGGUUUCAAUUCUCCCACUCGUCUUCCUCAUUUUCUAUGAAGUUUCCGGGGGUCCAUUUGGUAUCGAGGAUAGUGUCAAGGCGGCUGGCCCACUCCUGGCAAUUGUGGGUGUUCUGUUCUUUGCGGUCCUUUGGGGUGUCCCAGAAGCACUAAUCACUGCUGAGAUGGGCACUAUGUUCCCUGAGAAUGGAGGUUAUGUUGUCUGGGUCUCUUCGGCUCUUGGACCAUUUUGGGGUUUUCAGCAAGGUUGGGCAAAGUGGAUUAGUGGUGUCAUAGAUAAUGCACUAUAUCCUGUCCUUUUUCUCGACUAUAUGAAGUCCAGCAUUCCAGCUUUUGGGAGUGGACUGCCAAGGACCAUGGCGUUGCUAAUCCUCACAAUUGCUCUUACUUAUAUGAACUACAGAGGGUUAACGAUAGUUGGCUGGGUGGCCGUGCUUCUUGGGGUGUUUUCACUCCUCCCAUUCUUUUUAAUGGGACUGAUAGCUGUUCCAAAUAUUGAGCCUUCAAGAUGGCUUGAAAUGGACUUGGGUAAUACGAAUUGGGGCUUGUAUCUGAAUACGCUUUUUUGGAAGAUCAACAAUUGGGAUUCAGUUAGUACAUUAGCUGGAGAGGUGUACAAUCCAGAGAAAACCAUUCCCAGGGCACUUUCAUAUGCUCUAAUUGUGGUAGUUGGGGGACACCUCUACCCUCUGAUCACUUGUACAGCAGCAGCUCCGGUUGUACGGGAGUUCUGGUCAGACGGAUAUUUUGCAGAAGUUGGAACCAUACUAGGUGGAUUUUGGUUGCAUUCCUGGAUUCAAGCGGGUGCUGCAUUGUCAAAUAUGGGAAACUUUCUUACGGAGAUGAGCACUGAUUCUUACCAGCUUCUUGGGAUGGCUGAGCGUGGCAUGCUCCCUGAAUUCUUCGCCAAGAGAUCACGGUAUGGAACCCCUCUGAUCGGCAUCCUCUUCUCUGCGCUUGGUGUGAUCCUCCUGUCAUGGAUGAGCUUUCAUGAGAUCAUGGCAGCGGAUAACUACAUCUACUGUUUCGGAAUGAUCCUGGAGUUUAUCGCAUUUGUCAAGCACAGAGUAACCCAUCCAAAUGCCCCCAGGCCUUACAAAGUCCCGCUGGGCACUGUCGGCGCCAUUCUGCUGAUUGUGCCUCCUCUCAUGCUGAUCGCCAUGGUGAUGGUGCUCGCGUCCUUCAAGGUGAUGGUGGUGAGCUUCCUUGCAGUGCUUAUCGGGCUUGUGCUGCAACCGUUCCUGGUGUAUGCGGAUAAGAAGCAAUGGUUGAGGUUCUCUGUCAGUAAGGACCUGCCAGAUUUGCCGGACUCCAGUGUCUUCAGACAAGAUGAAAUGACUCCUCUCUUGUUCUAGUUCACACUAGUAAUCAAACACGUGCGCAUGCACGUUAUGUAUAAUUGUAUGCGUCAUUGUUCCUUCCUAAAAAAACACAAAUAAUCGAUGUUUUUGUUUAUUUUACUUCUAGGGUGGAACAUCAGGUCUUCAUCAAAUCAGAUAUGAAUUGAGUUGCUACAUGAUU